GUUUUUUUUUUUUUUCUGGAAGUGAACUUCUCCUUUAAACUGGUGUGCAGAAAACUGCACAAUCUAUGUUAAAAAGUAACACAUCUUCCUGUGUUACGUGUGUGUAUAACAGUGUGUAAAAGUUUGUCUAUUUGUAUACAAAACAAACAAACUUGCAUGUAGUGUAUUUACAUUUAAUAAAAUUGUACUGCUGCAUUUACAUUACUAUUCACUAAAACAAGGUUCUGCAGGUUAUAAAAAGGCCUUAAAUCAAAGCAGAACGUCUUAAAUUGAUUGCCAUAGCAUUGAAUGAUGUAUGCACUAGUGCUGUCAUUAUUCCAAAAAUUUGACUUUGAUACGAUACCUGACUAAAAUAUCACGAUACUACUGAACCGAUUCUACAAAAAAAAAACAAAAAACAAAACAUAGAACAAUAGGAAAAGUAACUGAAUAAUAGGUGAUCCAAAUUGAGAACAUCAUUGUUUAAUCUAUUAAAAAACAACAACAACAACAUAAAAAAAAAACACUUCAAACCGUAAAUAAAUAAAUAAAAUAAAAUAAAAUAAAAAAAUCGCAUUCCAGUGCCACUCUGUGCCAGUGCCAGAACUGACUGUUUCUGUCAAUGGUAAGUUUUAAUUUGGAAUGUUUAUGAUUAACAUAAGAAGAAUAGCUUAAAUGUUUUGCCACUUGAUUGAGCAACUAAAUAUAUAAAUCUAGUAGUAUAUGCAAAAGUAAAAAGCAUUGAAUAAUGUAUUGCUUAUAUUUAUUGCGUUUAAACGUGCCUAAGGAAGAUUACUGUACUGUAUUACUGUAAUAAAUAAAUAAAUAAAAAAUCACAAUGUUGAAAAAGCAUUUUCAAUAACAAUGUAUGGAUUUGAAAUAAAAAGAAAAUUGAUAAAUGUGUUUGUGGAAAUCAGGCUUGUGCUGUGUUUAAGCUAUUAUAAAAACAAAAAUGCACUGCAUGAUCAAACAAUUAGGUGAGAUACAUAUAUAUUUUUUGAAAAAUGUAAAAAAAAAAAAGAUGCUUCCCUCCACCCUUGAGAAAGAAACAAAAAUCUCACCUCUCACAAGAGCCAACUAAGAGGUGGAUUCCCCCAUUAAAAAAUAUAAAUAAAUAAAUAACUAGAUAACUAAAUAAAUAAUAAUAAUAAUAAAAUAAAAUCUGAUCGGAAGAUACUGCUUCCUGUGAUCAGUAAUUGGUGAUCAGCCUCUAAAAUCCUGAUUGGAGCACCCCUAGUCCCUAGUGACCUUAAUAAUAUAAAUUAUCAAAUAGAUAACGUUCAACGUUAAUGAUAAUGAAACAACAAAACACACACACACACACACACACCCAAACAAACAAACAAACAAACAAACAAACAAAAAAAACUCACUUUUUUAUAUAGUGUUUCACUUUUUUAUAAUAGUUAAUCGAAUUUCUUGAAUGCUACUGCUAAAUACACCUACUGUACCUGACAAAUAAAGCACUGUUUGUUUUAUUUGUAUUAUGUUUAUUUGUAAUGUGUAUCUUUGUUCUUAUUUUUUAAUGAUAAAGAUACAACAUUUUUUUUUUUUUUGUGUGUGUGUGUGUGUGUGUGUGUGUGUGUGUGUGUGUGUGUGUGUGUGUGUACUUGUUUUUGCUACAUAGUGGGGACCAAAUGUCCCCACAAUGAUAGUAAAACCUGAAAUUUUUGACAUUGUGGGAACUGGCCUGCGGUCCCCACAAUGUUAAAAAAUGAUUAAAAAUAGUAAAUGAUGUUUAUCUGAAAGUGUAACGAUGCAAACAUGUUUUCUGUGAGGGCUAGGUUUAGGGUUAGGGUUGGGUUAGGGGAUAGACAAUAUCGUUUGGUCAGUACAAAAUCUAUAGAAGUCUAUGGAAAGUCCCCACAAUUCACAAAAACAAACAUGUGUGUUUGUGUGUGUGUGUGUGUGUGUGUGUGUGUGUAAUGCAAAAUUAAGUCUUGGGGUAUAAUAACUUAUUUUUCCCUCUAAAUAAAGCUUUUUUUGUUUUUCUAAACCCAUUGACAAACCCAUUGUUCUUGUUUUAAUCAUAAACUUGUUUUAAACUUACACUUAAUUUUGAUCAGUUUCACAGAAAACAAAUUUGUCACUUCUCAAUUAAUGGUAUGAAGGACAAGUUCAAAACUUUUCACACAUUUUCAUAACUAAAAAUUCAAUAAUUCAUAUUCACUUUCUGGAGUUCUCUUUCAAAAUAUUCAAUCUGUUUAAAAAUGCAGUGCAUAAUAUCCCACAGGCAAUUUUCAGUCCGUUUUAUUUCACUUUGCAAAUUCGCUUCCACAAAUUCAAUUUUGGCAGAAAAUUCAGCAUUGCACAUUCGGGAAGUGAAUUCUCAGUAAGGUGUACGCUGAGGUUGGCCUUUAUCACUGUAUUGGUUCAUUAAGGCACGUGAAGUGUGACAUAUGAGGGAAACCCCGUUAUUACAACACAGCGUCACACAAGCCAUGAUACAAAUUUAAUGAAACAAGGCAACUGAAAACAAUAUAUGUCUUCCUCAGAUGUACAUCAGGGUUGGGUAAAAAACAUUGUAAUAUCCUUUGUGGUAGAGAAAGCUGCUUACAUGUAGAGAAAGCUACUGGAAACAAUGUAACCGCGAAGAUGUUGAAUUAAACGUAAAUACAGCUUUUGAGUCUUGAUCAGCUUUUUAACAUAUACAUACUGGCCCUGAUAAUCGUAACUUCUACUUAUGAUUUGCUCCAUUGCUGCAAAUCAGUUGUUGUGAAUGAAUGACUUGUUCUACUUGUUUUUGUUUUCAGCAACAGCUGUUUACGCCACCUGCUGGUGACUGACUAACAGCAGAUGGAGAUCAUGCAUUGCGAUGGUGACCAAACACCUUCCAAAAGAAAGAAAUGCGUUUCAAAGAAAAUCAAGACUCUUUCAUGGAAAGCAGAGACUGAAGUUGACAAGGUUCCACAGACUCUGAGGUUCCUGCCUGCACGGGAACCUGGACCACAGUUGGCUACUGCUGACGUUCACUCUCCUUUGAGUCUUUUCAAAUUGUUUUUCACAGAGAGCGCCGUGUCAAAUCUGGUCCACAACACGAAUGCUCAGGCUGCCAAGUCAGUUGCAAAGGGCCGCAAGUACAAAUGGACAGAUGUCAGUGUUGAUGAGCUGUACAGCUACAUGGGACUCAUUUUCUACAUGGCUGCAGUGAAGAUGAGCUCCAUCGCUGACUACUGGCGUCAGGACAGUAUUUUCUCUGUGCCUUUUCCUGCCAUGGUUAUGUCAAGGGACAGAUACCGCACCAUUUCAUGGAACGUGCACUUGAGUCACCCAGAUGGAGACAAGGAAAACGACAAAAAGAGGGGCAAAGCCGGAUAUGACCAUCUUUUCAGGAUCAAACCCCUCAUGGACACUAUCCGUCUUGCGUGCAAAUCCUUCUAUCAUCCUAGAAAAACUUUAGUUGUGAAUGAGAGAUUGGUGGCGUGCAGAGCAAAUACAGAAGUGACACGAUACUCGAAAACUAAGAUGACAAAACUGGGCUUUAAGUUUUUUGUCCUUUCAGACUCAUCAAAUGGAUAUACUGUGGACUUCUCUGUCUUCACAGGCAAGAAUAAUUUUCCUGCAGGUCAUGGGCUUUCAUAUGAUGCUGUGAUGUCUCUUCUGGACCGUAAAGUUUUGGGCUCUGGGUAUCAUGUGUACAUGGAUGAUUUCUACACAAGUCCAAAGCUCUUAACAGACUUGUUCGCCAUGAAGUUUGGUGCUUGUGGGAUUUACAGAGACCACAGGAAGGACUUCCCGAAGACCACAGCUAAUUCACUGACUAAAAACUCCACCAUGGGAUCCAUCAGGUGGAUUCGGGAUGGUCCCCUUCUGUGUGUGAAGUGGAUGGACACGCAAGAGGUGUCUGCUUGUUCCACCAUCCAUGCUGCCUUUACAGGAGACCGUGUGAAAAGAAAAGCCAAAGUACAAGAUACAUGGAAGACAAAGAUUUUACUAUGCCCUGCACCUGUGUCUGCAUACAACCAGCACAUGGGGGGGUGUUGACCUGUCCGAUCAGCUCUUGCAAUUCUACACCAUACAGCACAAAACCAUGAAGUGGUACAGAAAAGUCUUUCUACACUUCUUGGAUAUUGCUGCCACCAAUGCUUUCAUAUUGCACAAAGAGCUGCUUGGCAACAUGACUCGCAAAGAGUUCAUGGAAGAGCUUAUUGCAGAGCUCUGUGGGGUGUCAAAGAAAACCGCACCAAAACAGACCAGCACAGACCAUGUACCAGUUCCAGGAGCUGAGCUGACUUCAGACGUCAGAAAAAUUGCUACUGUUGGUCGCCGGAAUUGUGUACAUUGCAAAGCAGUGCGUGACAAGAAGCAGCAAACACCUUGGAAAUGCCAGGCUUGUGAUGUUCACUUGUGUCUUCAGUUAGACAGAAACUGUUUCCAGGAAUGGCACAAAGAUGUGUCAAAAUCUGGGAGCUCAAAAAUGUGCCAUUGAACGUGCCAUUUUUUUCCCCCUUUUCCAUUACAGUGUGCAGCUAAAGUAAAGGAUGUGAGAAGAGUCGUUUCGAUAUUGAUAGACCCAUUCGGAAGCAGGCCAUUAUCUUUAAUGGAUGUGGAAUAUUUACAUAUUCAUGAAAAGUUAGCCAAUGUAGUGACUUAGUAAUGUAGUCACAUGUAUUACUCCAAGUAAUAUAAAAUAUUUCUUCACUUUCACUGAUAUUAUAGAAAACUAACAGAAAUGACUCAUCAAAAUAUCACUGCUGCUUUACCCAGUCUGCAGGAAUGUGCAUAGAGCCUUGGGACGUGUUCACAGGUAUAUCACAGUGGAUGUUGAAAAUGAUCAAAUUUGGUUGGACUCUCCAAUUUGCCUGUUUCAAGUUGUGCAGUAAUGUCUGCAGUACGGCACAGAUGCCCCUGUAUUGCAAAUGGGCAUAGAGAGUCUUCUGUCCAAAUGUUCUAUGGGGGUUGUCCCAAAAGCAGAUUGCUACAAAAGGCUUCAGCUGCCAUUAAUUUGUACCGAAGAAGGAUGACAGCCUUCGUCCCAUUCUAGAUCUGAGAUGGCUGAACAAUGCUCUGACAAAAUGUUCGUUCAGGAUGAUUACUUGGAAACAGAUCAUAUGUCUGAUUGAAAGACUGCUUUAUUUCAGUGGACCUGAAAGAUUCAUAUUUCCAAUUCCAAAGAUGUUCCCACAGAAAGUUUUGGGGUUCACAUUUAAAGGAGUAUCAUACCUGUCCUUUUGGGCUGUCCUUAGCCCUGUGUGCAUUCACACAAUAUGUAGAUGCGGUGCCCUAUUGAGGCUUCAUUUUGGGAAAAUCCCUCCCCCUGAAGAAAUUUGAGGGGACACUUCUUGGGGAGGUGCAGAAAUGAAACAUGAGCCCAGAUGAAAGAGUCUAACAUUAUAUUCUAGGUCUUGCGUUACAGUCUGAUCUUUCACAAGAUUAAGUGGCACAAGCAGGAAACACCUGCCACAGGAAGAAAAUAGCACCAGAGUGCACUAAACAGAAUAUCGUAAGAAAUCCCUUGCCGGAACAAUGCAUCAACCUGUUUUACUGUUUGAAUUAACUAGGUGAUAGUUCACUGGUGGAGGAAAUAUAACAUCAUCUUGAAUAAGAGAAAUCAAACUCUCCUCAUAAUAGUGUUUAUCUGUAGUGUUUAGAAGUAGAUUUCUUUCAUUCUUUUGCCAUUUUUAAACUAGUGACCCUCACCAAUGAAUGUGUUACGUUUUUUUUGUAAAUUGUAUUUUUGAAUUAUCCUGAAUUGAGUAUAUAAGUGUUCUGGAUUUAUGUAAUUAUUCAGACAAACCAGCCUGACUGUCUGUCGAUGCCUGCUCAUGUAAAUAUUCACCUUGUUUAUUCCUAAAUUUGGUGUAGUGUGAUCAUCUAGACAUUUCAUGUACUCUGAGUUUGACACAAUAAAAGGCAUGAUUGGACUGGCA